UGUUUUCUCUUUUACACGUCAUUUCCAAUCAGGCAGUCGCGGGGGCCCACCCCCUCAGUGAAUAUUAUUGGCUGGCGCGGGGUCCUUCUUCCUUUUCCGAGGCCGGCGGAGAGACCGACAGCAGCAGCGAAGAUGAACGACACGGUAACUAUCAGAACCAGAAAGUUCAUGACAAACCGUUUGCUGCAGCGCAAACAAAUGGUUGUCGAUGUCCUCCACCCUGGUAAAGCCACAGUUCCUAAAACAGAAAUCCGGGAUAAGUUGGCAAAAAUGUACAAAACUACACCAGAUGUUGUGUUCGUUUUUGGCUUCAGGACACAGUUUGGUGGUGGAAAAACAACAGGUUUUGCCAUGGUUUACGAUUCCUUAGAUUAUGCAAAGAAAAAUGAGCCUAAACACAGACUGGCAAGGCACGGUCUGUUCGAGAGGAAGAAGGUUUCUAGGAAACAGCGUAAAGAACGCAAGAACCGAAUGAAGAAAGUUCGGGGCACAGCUAAGGCUAAUGUUGGAUCUGGCAAAAAGAAGAAAUGAUGACUCCGUGCCAGUAACCUGGGAGAAGAUUGGAAAGUCACUUGAAAUGCUAACUUAUCCUGGAUCAUCACAUUAUAAAUUGUUGUCAAGAAACGCAAAAUAAAUUCUAUAAAAAAUGAA